UUAUAUGUGACAGAGUUAUCUCAAAAUACAGUUGUAUAUAAUUUUUCCGAGAUAUAUAUUACAGCUAGCUGUUGGGUUAACUAAUGAUCAAGACUAUACUUUUAAUACAGAGCUUUCCUUUGUAUGUCUGUUAGGUGAAGACCGCUGGCUGUGUACCUUGAUGAUGAUGCGAGGGUGGAAACUGGAGUACAUCGACCACUGUCGGAACUCCACCCACUGCCCUGAGCUGUUCACUGAGUUUCUACGACAACGUCGUCGGUGGGUGCUCUCCGAAUUGUCUAACAUGGCGCUCAUCUUCCAGCACCUCGUCACCCUCAUCAGAAACAACGCCAACUUCUCCGUCAUUUUCAUCCUGUCCUUGCUGCAGAUGUUCCUCUGGGUCCUCGUGUCGCCGUCCACGACGCUGUUCAUCCUGAGCCUGUCCUACGAGAUCCUGUUCGGCGUGCCCGUGUUGGUUGCGAUCCCCGUGACCCAUGCCGCGCUGCUUUGUUACGCUGUCGUCUGCUGCGUGGGAAGCAGACGAACACAGAACUCCGUGACGCUAGUCUUUCUCGCAGUGAUCGCUCUGCUCAUGCUCUCUGUUGGAGCAGCGUUCAUCAAGUACGUCGUCGACUCCAUUCAAGAAGAUAUGAUCCAGGGCGAGUUCCAGUUCAAGCCCUACUUCCUGGUGCUGCUCCUGGUUAGCGGCACGAUCUACGCGGCGCUCGUGCACCCCGGGGAGUGGCAGAACCUCGUGUACGGCGUCGCCUACGCCUUCAUGUUCCCCGCCAUGUUCGUCAUCCUUCCUGUCUACUCCGUGGCCAACAUGGUCGACCAGUCCUGGGGAACUCGCGAAAAGGCAACUCGUUUAGGUGAUUAUUGGUGCGGAAGCAUAAAUGCCGAAAAAGAUUCAGAAAAAAUUGAAACCGAAGCCGCUCGUCUGCCAGUGCUGACCCCUAAGACGUCAGUCGCCAAGUCUGAGCUGCAAUUCUGGGAGAGUCUCAAGUCGUCGCUACUCGGCACAACCGUCAACUGCGGCAGGGAGACAGAGUGGCUGCACCACAGUCUGACAAAACUGAGAAACAAAUGCAUCACGCUCACCUUGCUUCUCAACACUGUGUGGCUCGGCGUUCUCUCCUGUCUGUACCUCUUUGCAAACACUGACAUAAUAUGUUACGUUGUGGCUGGUGUAUUCAGCUUUUCGCUGGUGGUACAACUCGUUGGGUUGACAUCGUACAAAAUAGACAAUUGCUUACGUCGUCAUAUUAUACGAAAAGUAGGUUCUAGUCAUCAAAUAUGGGUCAAAGAAAGACACUAAACCUAGGUUGUAUCGUUUUUGUUAAAUCACUGUUCAUUGUGUCUGUGAUUUCAUUUGAAGACGCAACAAGAUUUUGAUCCUGCAUAUUUACUGGUUCGAGUUACAAGGUCAUUAUCAAACCAGGAAAAACGUGAUCUGAUUGGCGUCAUUAGUUUCAGUAGGUAGCGUUUAGGUCCAUGCAUGGAAUGAAUCAUGAGUGGUGUUAUCCCGGAUGUACUAAAGAAUAAAAGCGUUGAACAUAAAACCAAGGUUAAUACCUUAUGUGAUUGAUGCUCCGGUCGAUGGUUCAUUUCAUCGAGUUUAAGGCUGGUGGGUAUCGGGUUCGUAUCCUAGUUCAGACCCCUACCCCAGUGUGCACAGCUGAGUAUGAUGUGCAAAGGCGGCUACACACAUCGCUCCUGGACAGAAGGCCCGGAUAGCUGUAUCAGUGUACUUGAAUCGUGGUUGGACAUAUGCAUGUAAACAAAUUAAACGAAAAAGGAAGGCUUGGUGUCCAGAAAUAAGACUAGGAAUGCUCCCUUUUCGACGACUGUUAUUGAUGACACGGGAUAUUAUCCGUUUAACAGCCACAGAAAUAUUUAAUCCGAAUUUUUAUUUAGUUCAUGACAGAAAUGAAAAGUAUUUCCCAUUAGCUUAUUUAUGUAAAAUGGCGUCUUCAUCGUGACUUUCAGUAUUACAUUUUGCUCAAAUUAAAAUGUAUCGCCGUUUGUUCCAAAAACAAAAGUAAUAUACAAGAAUAUUAUGCUAGCAAAUAAUAUAAGGGCAAUAUUAGUAUAUAACAAUACUGUGCUAUAAUAUAUACAUUACAAUCAGCGUUGUAGCUUUUUAUUGUGCUCUUGUAGUGUUUGUAGUAAACAAUAACUUGGGGUCGGGGGAGAGGAGGCUGUUUAAUCCCAGUUGUACAUUUUAAAUUAUGGUUAUUGUCGAGAAAAUAAUCCAAUGAUUGUGUGGGAUCGAUUAAAUUGUCUUUAUUUAUCACAAAUAGAUGUAAAAAUAGCAAGGUGUGGCAUAUAUAACUUCGAUAAAGCAUUUUAAGAGAGCAUCAAAAGACACGUGAAGACUCGAACAAGACUAUUUAAGAGAUAAUUAUUAUUUUUAAUUUGCUAUGACUUCAUCAAAAUACUCCCUUAGACUUCGUUUUUUAUUGAUACGAUUUCGAAUGUGACGACUUCGUAAAACUAUUUAUUAAAGGGACAUUCCCGAGUUUGCUGCAUUGUUAGAUGUUUCCGACUAAUAAAAUAUUUCUACGAUUAAACUUACAUAUUAAAUAUAUUUUCUUGUUUAGAAUAUCAGUGUCU